AUGGCUAGCCCGUACAAAGCCUUCUGGGACCGCUCGAUGAACGUCCUGCGCGAGCAGACAGUCCGCAUCAUCCGCGCGGACCCCAUGGGCAACAGGGAUGCGGUAUUGCCGAUGUACACGCUUCGCUCGCUCGAGGAUCUCAAGAACAUGGCGACCGGCAGCGACGCAGAUCUCGGCGGGAAGAGUACGGUUCACCUCGACCUUGGACCGGAAGGCAAGGGACGGUUUUGGGGCAAGUUGUCGAGCGAGUUGAACCCGGGACGGCAUAAGGAGGGUGUGGUCGAGCGAGGAGGGUACGCAGGGUUCCGGAUCAAGCAACGGACUUCGCUGUUUGGGACGCUCAGCUGGGACACGUCGCAGCAUGAUUUCUUGCGGCUAAGGGUGAAGAGCUCGGGAGACGAUAUGCGGUACUUUGUCAACAUCCAGACGGACGGACCAGUCCGUUCCGACCUGUUCCAACACCGACUCUGGCUCCCCCAACCCAAAUCCGACGACGCCCCUCACGAAUGGACCGACGUGAUCAUCCCGCUGAACGACUUCACCCUUACCAACUCGGGCAUGCUGAGCGAGAAGCAGAUGACGAUGAUGCGGAAUGCGAUCAGGACGGUCGGGAUUAGCGUGCUGGGACCGAAGGAGGGGAGAUACGAGCUGGGCAUCGAGUCGGUCGACGCAGUAACGGCGGACAUCGCUCGCGAGCAUGUCGACCGCAACCUCCCGCCGCAGAAGGACGCCGACGGUCGACCUUUGUGA